AUGGGACUACCGGCUAUGAGGCCGCUCCUGUUGGCGGGCGGCAAGUCGACUCGGAUGGGCACACCCAAACACCUCCUCCGGAUGCCCGAUGGAACACCCCUGUACCAACGACAGCUGCAACUGCUACGCAACAUCUUCCCGGAGCCGCAGACGAUCUUCAUCUCGCUGGCGCAGGAGUCCGAAACAGACGAGUUCCUCGGCGAGCUGCUGUCGCAGGCCGCAACCACCGCGGACCAAUCCCCCGGAACCGAAGACGGCAACACAGCACCAGCACCAGCGCCGCCAAUGAUCCAGGUUCUGCGCGACCAUCACCCGCAGAACGUGGACGCCAAGUCCUCGCCCACCGGCGGCCAAGGCCCCGCCGCGGGACUCCUCGCGGCAUACCGCUACGACGCGUGGGCGUACUGGGUCGUGUUGGCCUGCGACUACCCCCUGGUCCCCGCCGAGGCCUUCUACCACCUAUCUGUGAAGCGCGACGCCGUACCCGUGACGUGUUUCCGUACCGCGCAAGGGAACUGCGAGCCGCUGCUGGCGAUUUGGGCGCCGCCUGCGCUGUCGCGUCUGGCGGAGCGAGUCGGCCGGGGACACCCUCAGCCUGAGGAGACGGCUAGGGAGCUUGACGGGUUGAUGAUUGACGCGCCGCCUGGGUGCGAAUGGUGGUUGACCAAUGUCAAAACGACUGAGGAGUGGGUGAAGGCUAUGGAGGAGAUGAAGUUGGGACCGGGGGGGACAGGCGAGAUUGCGGCGCCGGAGGGGAGGGCUUGA